AGCUCAGGAGAUUGGAUGGAGUGUCGCGCCCAACGUCCUAACACCCCGGAAAAAAUAAAUGGAGACAGGGGAGAGGAUGUGGAUCAGAACUAAGGGUUGUGAACAGGACCGCGUUCGCUGAACUCCCACCGUGAAGUUUAGGGCGCGGGCGAUUAUGUGCAGCUCCCCUGAGAAUAUCACUGAGGUCGCCACUCAGUGCUUCUCGGGCCAUCCAGCCACGACGGCAGGCGACGGAUAGUGCGCACACCGGGUCUGAGCCCCGAGCUAGAAAUGACGAAACACAGAAACCAAGAAGACAAAUUGAACUGCUGGAGAAACCUAAUGGACAAUCUCCUCAACCGAUGGUAACAAGAAAAAAUCCAGAUGGGGUGCAAGUGCUGUAAAAUGAUACAAAGCUACCUCUUUGACGCAGCCCAAGCACCGUCCCCUGACUAUGUCAACGAAGUAAGCAGCUACAAGCUGGAUGAAGAGCACACUGUUAAGUUAAAAGGCAGUCGGAGCAGCGAGGUUUUGGUGCAUAAAAACGCCCUCUGGAGUGAGGGCGUGGGGAAGACUGAAAGCAGAGGCCUGGAGGCUGGCCCACAGGAGCCCUGCGGGUCCCGCCGAGGAUCCCUCCCUCAGGGGGACCCGGGAGGGGGGCUCUGCGCCAAGCCCGGAAGCACCGCCAACGGCAUCGGCCCCGGUGCCUCUCCGCAACCCUCUGGGAACCCCCAGCCUCACCCGGAGGACACGGGCUCUUGGGCGGGCACUGCAGACAGUGCUCACCCAGCUCAGCCCUUCCUUGAAGGCAGGGACACGGGGAGCCAGGACUGUGUGCUGCCCUCCUCGGGAGAGACUCCAGCCGUGGACAGAGGAGACUGCACGGCUCCUGAUGCUGCAGAGAGUCCAGUCUUGGAGGAACAAGCCCAUGUCCUCCAGCUGCCAGUCCCGGAUUACCCUCAGCUGUGGGACCCUGCUGCGGACAGCGAGGAGCAAGAAGAAAAGGACUGUCUUUUUGAGACUCAUGCAGAGGAUGAGCCUCUGGCAGAAAUUCACCCCAGAGUGGGCGAGUAUGAACUGAAUAUUCCCUUCCCCCUGAAAAGGAGCUGGGAGUCCUUAAAUGAGGCUGUAGCAACCGAGGUUCUAAGUAUCUGCUUUAGCGAGAAGGGUCCGGCUCAUGCCAUGCCAGUAGCUGAUUCCAGAACCAAGCGGACGGAUACCCAGGGCUCCCAGGGAGACAGCGAGGAGGAGGUGGGGGACGAGGAUGAGGCAGUGGCGGAAGCCCUUGCAGCGUUAGAAGCGGCUACUGCAGGAGAAGAUGUGGAUGAGGCAGAUUAGAAGGCAGAAUUGGUGUGGGCAGGUGAGCCAGUGCCAUGCUGAGCAAGGGGAAAUGCCUUUGCUCCUUGGGCCACAACUGAUCAUUUGCCAGCACGCUCUGGUGUGACUCAGGGGUUGUGGUUGUUUACCUCCAGCAUCUGUUCUGAGGGUGAGUGCCUGGGCUGCGCUGCUUGCUAAAUAGUUGUGGAAUCACUGUGUGAACGGGCCCUCAUUCAGGACACCAGGAUAAAGACCAGAGUGAGCAGCUGUGUUCCCGUAGAAAUUGAGCACUUGGCUUGCCAAUGGUCACAGCCCUUGGGAACAUCUGGUACAGAUGUUGUGAGAAUGCUGUGACAUCCCCGCUCCUAGUCCCAAGGGCAUAUAAUCCCUGAGCAUCCUGUUGGACUGUAAAUUCUUUACCUUGCUUGUGAGAGCCAAAUGUCCCCAACCUAGAAAAGGGAACUACCCCUUCAAAGUGCCUAACGCGUUCAGGGGCAAUUACCCAGGGAAUUAAUAACUAACCACUUGUUGGACACAAGUUAGGUUGAGCAGCUUUCAGGAGGAGCGGAAGUGACCAGUAAACAAAUGGUUAGUCUUUUGGUAAAGCACCUCGACCUUAACAUUUUUUACAUUGUGACUUUUGAAAAAUCUCCUUUGAGAUUGGGGAGAGUGGGCAAAAUAAUUCUUAAAACUUCUUGUGUCAUAUUUUGGCUUUAAGUUCAUGGGUCUUUGGAAUAGCAAAACUAUAUAUGGAGUGUUUGAAGCCAUUAAAUAUCUGAUCUUAAUUAAAAUAUAACAA